AUGCAGCUGCCAGCUCCGGCCCAGCUCCUGGCCUCGGUGGCUCCCGUAGAUUGGGAGCAGCUUGACAUACCGAUUCUCGCUCGCCCGUCCGAAGAAGAGAGGCGCCAUGAGAAGCUCUGCGAGUUUUCAAAGGGCAAGUCCACUCCUCUGACCAAGUCUGUCGGCCCCUUCAUCAGCCAAGGCCUGCUCCUCAAAUACGGAAUAGAGGUUCAUGAUCUUGACUUCGUCACCGGAAGGCCUUCUCAUGGAGGGAAGCAGGUCCUGAACCCAACCCCACCGUGCAAGAUCGAGAAGUGCCUCCGCUUGACACGGCCGUGGGAUGGAGGUGGAGACCUUGCUGACUUCAAGAACUGCUCGUGGAACUCCAACAUUGGCGAGGCUCAGCAUUUAUACCAAAUCAUCAGGCGCUACCUCACCACGUUGGGAUUUGAAGACGGGAAGCAGCCCAGUCUUCUGAGUAUGACCCCGUGGAAGCCAUUCAUGAACAAUUACGGACCACUCCGUCCGUCCAAGCGCGGCUGGGAAGCUCAGGACAUCUGGCGAUACACCAUGAAGAACGAGAAAAAUGAGGUUGUUGGUGAUCCAUCAGUCCCUCACAUGUUCUGUUUUGUUGCGAGUGAACCCAGCCUCGUCGAAGGCGAGGUUUCGAUAGGCGAGAUGACCACGAUCGUCUCGCUUCCGAUGAUCUAUGCCUCGCAUUACCGGCAUCUACCCCAUCAACCCGUUCCUGUUACACUUAUUUCGUGUUCGUGGCGAUCGUUCCGCGUAGUUCAGGGCAUUGUCGAUAUUGAUAAGUCUCACAUCGAGAUCCGCAUGACACCCAUCAUCAGCUUCGUGGAAGGGAUCAAGAGCAACUGGCUUGGGUUCCUCACCUUGCUGGGAUGGAUCAUCUCUAAUCCUGUUGGGCAGGCUGAGUGA